AUGUCCACAGGCCCAGGAUUCGUCCGCCACAUCCCUACCCUGCUUGCUUUGGGUACGGCAGGACUUCUCUACCUUUCCUCUCAUCGCCCUACAACUACAACCAUCCGAUCUGCACCAUCGAACGCCGAGUAUAUCCUUGCCCGAUGUGCUGCUGCACAAGCACCCGCAGGACCUUCCCCCGACUUCUUCUCGAGGGACACCUCGGACAGAUUCGAUCCAAGUACACCUCCGACGUUAAUCCUGGACACUAUGCUGUUCACCGGAGAAGACAACGGUACUGUGGUUAAGCGUGCAGAUCUUCUUCUCGAGAAGGGCCUCGUCAAGAGCAUCGGGGACCUUUUCCACCUUCGCGAGCAGUACACGGCGACGGACCUGCAAGUGGUCGACAUGCAUGGGGCAUGGGUGACUCCUGGGCUUGUCGAUCUUCACAGCCAUCUGGGUGUCCUCAGCACGCCCAUUCUUGAUGGCGCUGCCGACCUCGACAGUCCUAAUGGACUCGUCCUACCGUGGCUCAGAGCCAUAGACGCUUUCAACACCCACGACGACGCGUUCGCCCUCGCCAUUGCUGGCGGUGUGACCUCAGCUCAGAUUCUUCCGGGGAGCAUGAAUACCAUUGGCGGCGAAGGCUUUAUGAUCAAGCUCCGCGCGACCAGGGAGCGCACGCCGACGUCUAUGGCGAUUGAACUUCCGCACCAGCUGAAUGCAAGCGCGUCUACCGUCACUGAUCGCACGCCGUGGAGGCACAUGAAGCAAGCGUGCAGUAGGAAGUACGGCACGCGCAUGGACGCAGCAUGGACUUUGCGCGCCGCGUAUGCACAGGCCAGUCAGGCUCGACGUGCGCAAGACGCAUUCUGUAGUGCUGCGCAAGCAGGCUUAUGGCAAGGUCUUGGGGAAUAUCCGGAAGCAUCACAAUGGGAUCUUCUAGCUGACGUCCUGAGAGGCAAGGUCAAAGUGACCAGCGAUUGUUCUGAGGCUGUUGAUCUGGACGCGCUCGCCAGGCUAACCAACGAAUUUGACUUUCACGUCUCGUCCGUCCAGCAUGCGUCGGACGCAUGGCUGGUACCGGGAUUGUUGAAGCGCAUGUGGGGCGGACCGCCCGCGUUGUCGUUGUUUGCCACAAAUCAUAGGCGCUCUCGUGAAUCAUACUGGAGCUCCGAAUACGGACCCAACGUUCUUGCGCACGAAAAUCUAACUGUUGUCCUGAGUACCGAUCAUCCGACUAUGCCCGCCCGCGACCUCAUUCAGGAAGCGCGGCAGGCAUACUAUCAUGGCCUUAACUCCAGCCUCUCACUUGCUGCCGUCACUUCCGCCCCCGCACAUGCUGUGGGCAUGGGCCACAGGCUCGGCGAACUACGCGAGCACGCAGACGCAGACCUCGUCGUCUGGAGCGCGCACCCACUGCAGCCGGGCUCGGUACCCAUCCAGGUCUGGAUCGACGGUAUCGCGCAGUUCCCAGGCGGCGACAAGUAUUCGGAGGACAAGGACAAGCGACAGAAGGCACCGCGUACGCCAGACUGGGAAGAAGAGACGGAGAACGCGGUGCGGUACGGCGGUGUCCAGCCGUUGGAUUCGCGCAAAGUUACGGGGAAGGUGGUCUUUGCGAAUGUGCGGCGGGUGCUGAAUGGCGACGAUGACCUUGUCGAACUGGACGUGGAGGAUGAGGCGAAGAAGAAACUGAAGACGGUCAUCGUUGAGAACGGGAAAAUAACCUGCAUUGGGGUGGAAGAGUGGGAUUGUGAGGGUGCGGACGAUGCGGAUGAGUCCAUCGACCUGGAGGGCGGGGUCAUCGCACCGGGUAUCAUCUCCUUUGGGUCGCCGCUGGGUAUGGGAGAGAUGGCCGACGAGCCUUCAACGCAGAAUGGUCUACCGCUGGACCCGCUGCAAAGGAAGGUACCUGCUGUCCUUGGCGACGCAGCUGGGCUGCAGUUCGCCGCUGACGGCCUGGUAUGCGACACGCGAGAUGCUAUAAAUGCGUAUCGCUCGGGCGUCACCUACGCAGCGACCGUCCCUUCAGCGUCAAUUAUGGGCAUGACGACGUCGCCGGUCAUGCAAGGACUCUCCGUGACCUUCCGUGCUGGCUGUUUCUCGGUAAUGGAGAGAGGAGCCGUCGUGCAGGACGUUACUGCGCUGCACGUCCACAUCUCCCGCGACACUCCAAUGGGUUACCACGGUGCGGCAGUCAGCCAACAAAUUGCGCUCCUUCGACGCUUGCUGCACGGAUGGGAGAGCGAAGAUACAGAGACAGGGAAGUGGUUCAAGAAGGCAGCCGAGGGCGUUAUCCCACUCGUUAUCGAUGUCGAGAGCGCAGAUAUCAUGUCGACGUUACUGGUUCUGAAGGCCGAGGUGGAGAACCGCAUUGGGUCGGCGAUGCGCGUCGUAUUCGCAGGCGCGAGCGAGGCACCGCUGCUAGCACGAGAAAUUGUACGUGCGCGCGUCGGUGUGAUCCUGACUCCAGCGCGACCGGUGCCUUUGAAAUGGGAGGGACGACGGAUCAUCCCCGGGCCGCCGCUCACAACCGAGACGGGAGUAGGGAUUCUACUCCAACUUGGUGUCACAGUAGGCUUAGGCGUUCGCGAAACGUGGUCAGUACGCAACACGCGCUUCGAAGUCGCUCAGGUUUUGCACGAGACGGAAGAUCUCGACGAGAAGACAGCAACGAGACUGGUGACCACCAACAUGGCUACUCUGCUCGGUAUACGGCAAACUGAAAAACCCGACCUUGUAGCCUAUAGAGGCGGAGGAAUGUUCCAGCUCGAGAGCAAGGUUGUCGGCGUACUGUCUCCUCAGCGGGGAUUUGUGGACCUCUUCGUGGACUAG